GUCCGCUGGCGGGGCAGUUGUCGUGCUGGACUCGCUGUGUGUUGAACGCUCUGGUUUUCAUUUCGAAUGCGUGGGAGCGGCUCUGUAUCGACUUAACUCGCCUAAGCUUGGAUCAGGGAAAGAUCAAAAUACACCACUAAUUGCCAUAUUUUGGGUGAUCAUUCCGUAAUUACUGCUCAUUAUUACUGUUCGCGAUCAGUCUGCUCGGGAAUAUCGCCCAAGGAUGUGGCCGCUUCUUCUUCUGCUGGCUUUGAUUUCGCCCUCCUGGCAGGCUGAAAAUGCCACCGAGAUCACCAAUAGUUAUGUGACCAAAGUGGGGUGUGAGGCCUUGGUGAAGGAACCGAAUCUCUGCGAGUGCCAGGAUCAGGAGAUCAAGUGCGAAAACCUUCAGUUGCACAGCGAUAAUGUGCAGUUGUACGGCAUCAGUUGCAGCAUUUUCGAUGCCAGAGGAUUUGGCUAUAUCCCCCCUCUUCAGGUGGGCAACAUUGGAUCCCUAAUCGUCCAGAAUUGCGCCAUCCCAAAUGCUCAGAGUAUCAAGUACGUUCUCAGUAAAUUGGGUGUAAAUAACUACACCGAACUGGAGAUCUUCAACUAUUUCGAUCCGAAGAAAACCGAUCGUGGAGAGGUUCUGCAGCAACAUUACACGGAUCACGAGGGUCUGAAGAAGGUUUCCAUCAUUGGCUUCAAGUCAACCCUGCCGGAUAAUUUUCUGGAAAACCUUCCCGCACUCAAGCGACUUUCCUUGAAAGGAAGUAGUGACUUACCCGGUAACAUUUUGCACCCACUGAAAAACCUAACUCAUCUGGAAAUUGUGGUCAAGAACUUGGCGAAGGUAUCCGGUGACAUAUUUGCCAAGCAGUCGAAACUGAUGCACUUGAUGAUCGAUUGCGAUGCCAAGAAUAGCAGUGUGGAAAUGUCUGCCUUUGGGCCCCAGGAACUCUGGCACAUGACCGAUCUUCAGUCCAUCGAGCUCUUCAACUGCGGUGACAAUGUGCCCACUGAAUUGUUCUGGAUGUCGGAGCAGUUGGCCUACAUUGGAAUCAGGAGUAACAUUAGCUAUCUCAGCAAAGAUUUCCUUAAAGUGCAAAAGAAGCUGCUUACUUUGAGAUUGGAGCGAAACAAUAUUGCCAGGCUGCCUGAUCAACUCUUCCGGAAUACUCCUCUGAUUUUGGAGAUACACUUGGCCUUCAACAAUUUGGAUCGCAUUCAGAGCGGUCUUUUUGACAAAUUGAAGAACCUACAGGUGCUGAAUUUGGAGCACAAUCCGAUAACCACCAUUGCCCUGAAUGCCUUUACUCCCAUUCCAACUGCCCAUAUCUACGUGGGUAAACUCUUUAGGGCGGCGAAGAAUAAUGCCGACUGGGCUCGUUCCACAAAUGCCACAAUCUGCGAGGAGGAGUACAUCUACGGAGUGUGCAUCUACUGCAAACGAGAUGAGUAUCUGGACCACUUUGCCGACUCGGAAAACUGCAACAAGCCGACUCCAAAGGCCAAGGAUGUGCUCGCCAAGAAGGCCUACGAAAACCAGCUGAAGGCAAUGCCCACCCACUCCUGGAAAAAGGCCAAGGAAUAUCCCGAGAAGGAAGAGCAGCCCUAAGCUCCAAACGCUUCACUGCCAUUUUACGCAUCAGUACUAACUAGUGUACGGAUCUAUGAAUCUUUUAUGUAUGCAACCAUAAUGAGAUUAAAAUAAACUGAAAUACGAGUAAGCGAAAA